AUGACAUGGAAGACAGUUGUUGCAAACAUACCCUAUGGUGGAGCAAAGGGAGGAAUCGGCUGUAACCCGAAGGAUCUGAGCAUCAGUGAGUUGGAACGUAUCACUCGUGUUUUCACUCAAAAAAUUCAUGAUCUCAUUGGCACUCAUAGAGAUGUUCCUGCUCAUGAUAUGGGAACCAAUGCUCAGACAAUGGCUUGGAUGCUUGAUGAGUAUUCUAAGUUUCAUGUUCAUUCACCGGCAGUGGUGACUGGAAAGCCUAUUGAUCUUGGAGGUUCCUUGGGAAGAGAGGUCGCCACUGGACUAGGAGUGGUUUUUGGAACGGAGGCUCUAUUUGCUGAAUAUGGGAAAUCAAUUUCUGAUAUGAAAUUCGCCAUCCAGGGGUUUGGAAAUGUGGGCACUUGGGCUGCAAAGUCAAUUUUUGAGAGAGGUGGCAAGGUGGUAGCAGUGAGUGACAUCAGUGGUGCUAUUUGUAAUCCAAACGGGAUUGAUAUUGCGGCUCUUCUGAAACACAAGGAAGACAAUGCAAGUUUGAUGGAUUUCUCAGGAGCAGAUGCUAUGGAUCCAAAGGACUUGCUCACCCAUGACUAUGAUGUUCUCAUCCCAUGUGCUUUGGGAGGUGUUCUCAACAAGGAAAAUGCUGAUGAUGUGAGAGCAAAGUUUAUCAUAGAAGCUGCAAAUCAUCCAACUGACCCUGAUGAGAUUCUGUCUAAGAAAGGAGUUAUUAUAUUACCCGACAUUUAUGUGAAUGCUGGUAGAGUGACUGUAAGCUAUUUCGAAUGGGUCCAGAAUAUUCAAGGAUUUAUAUGGGAUGAAGAUAAAGUUAACCUUGAGCUAAAAAGGUAUAUGACUAGAGCUUUCAAGAACAUAAAAAGGAAUGUGUAA